AUGGACAAGAAACCAGCCAGUGUAGUUAGGUGCGAGAAAGAGCCUAAGGACGGCGACACGGUCUUCCACAAGGCAGAGCACAAGAUCGAAUCGGCAUUAACAGUAGCCUGGCAUCAGAUCCAAGACUGGCAACAAGACAAUCACUACAUCAUAUCCGGCUACCGGCCCGCCUCAAACUCAUAUGCCAAGUCCGCUGCCAGCAUCGGAUACCUCCACAACGAGAGCGUCAACAUUUGGACUCAUCUGCUUGGUGCGAUUGCUGCGGUGCUAUCAGCAUCCGGCAUCCUUUUCGCUGUGAAGCCACGAUUCGAUCAAGCCACUUCGCAAGAUGUUCUCGUGUUCUCAUGUUUCUUCGCGGGUGCGUUUGCUUGUCUCGGCAUGAGUGCGACGUUUCAUACCAUCUCGAAUCAUUCAGCUGCUGUGCAGAAAUUUGGAAACCGGCUGGACUACAUUGGAAUCAUCUUUCUGAUCUGGGGCUCUUUCAUCCCCAGUAUCUAUUACGGUUUUGCAGCUGAUCCAAAGCUCAUUCAAGUGUAUUGGUCAAUGAUUUCGACAAUAGGUGCAGUCACAUUCGUCGUCGUCAUGCAUCCGAAAUUCCGAAGCUCCGCGUGGCGACCAUUCCGGGCGAUCAUGUUCGUUAUGAUGGGCCUGAGUGCAGUCAUUCCCGUCUUGCAUGGCCUAAAGCUGUACGGGCUGGAGCAGAUGGAGAGGCAGAUCGGUCUCACGUGGCUUGUGAGCAUGGGCAUCUUAUAUAUUACGGGAGCUGUUAUCUAUGCAUCUCGUGUACCCGAACGCUGGAAUCCUGGCAAAUACGAUCUGUUUGGGAGCUCUCACCAGAUCUUUCAUGUGCUGGUCGUGCUAGCAGCCGCUGCUCAUCUGGUUGGUUUACUGAAGGCAUUUGACUACGAGCAUAGCUCUCGUAUCGAGGCACUCUUUGCACACACUGCCGUCAGACAUUGAAGAGACGUCAAGCGCCGAGAGACUUGCUGCCGCGAUUGAUACCGGCUGCAGGACUGAGAUCAUUGGACGAGUCUUAUCAAUAGGACACUGACCAUGCGUGUGUGUCUCUCACCCGCAUGACACAAGCGCGGGGCAUCGCACUGUGGUACAGGACGCUUUUCUGAUAGUUCUUCCAGAGAAGCCCUGGCGACGAUACGAGAAAGCCUGGGUAUCAUCUCUGGUUUUUCGGAGCCGACCCCGAGCACUGGAAUCCCC